CAAUCUCAUCGGAAUAUUUUAUCCUUUCCAUAAAUUCCCGCUCUCUCACUUCUUUCUCUCUCACUCUCGCACCGUACCGUAUACGCUCUUCCUCAAUUCGUUUCGCUACACGUCCCAACACCGUCUCUUGCAUUUACUUCUGGUUUCGAUUUCACUUUCUCACACAGCUUUCCCGAGAAACAAACGGCGGUCCAAAAGAAGCCAUCAUGAAGGCCGUAACGGCCACCACCUUCAACGAUGUGGUCAGAACUCCGACUUUCGUGAGAAUCACGGCAUUUGCGCUCCUCUCCCUCUCCCUCUUCUUCCUCUUCAACCGCUUCACUGCCACCAGCCCUUCCCUCGUCUUCUCCUCGCUCCCACCGCUUCUCUCCAAAACGGUGUCGUCUCCGCCUCCUCCGCUGCCGCUCACCGCAACGAGGUCCUCAUCGUCGGCCCCUCCGUCACCGCCUCCUCCAGUGACGUCUUCUCCGCCACCGCCUCCUCCAGUAACGUCUUCUCCGCCUCCGAAUCCGCCGCCGCCAAGGGUGGACAUGAUGAUUAGGAUGGGGAUAGUGGACGAGACGGGCGCGAUGUCGCUGGAGUUCGAGGUGGGGGAGAUAGACGAGAGUUGGACGGAGGAGGAGAAGUUGGGCGGUGGGAGAGAGGAGGAGGAAAAGGAGGAGAGAGGUUCGAGGGUUAAGGUUGACAAGUACAAGGUGUGCGAGCAGGGCAUGAGCAACUACAUACCCUGUGUUUACAAUGUGGAGGAGACUAGGCGCCUGAAUUUGAGUGCGAGUGGGGAGAGGUACGAGCGGCAUUGCCCGCGGGAAGGGAAGGGCUUGGACUGCGUGGUGCCCAGGCCGGAAGGGUAUCAGGUGAAGAUACCCUGGCCCAAGAGCCGAGAUGAGGUGUGGUUGAGUAAUGUACCCCAUACAGGUCUGGUUGAAGAUAAAGGUAGCAAAAAAUGGAUAUUGAUAAAAAAAGAUAAGUUUAUUUUUCCAGGAGGUGGAAGGGCUAAUAAACACUUGAAUCAGAUUUCUAAGAUGGUUCCUGACAUUGCUUUUGGCCAAAGGACCCGAGUAGCCUUGGAUAUUGGUUGUGGAGUAGCAGAUUUUGGUGCCUUUUUGAUGCAACGUAAUGUAACUACUCUGUCAAUAUCACCCAAAGAUGUUCAUGAGAACCAGAUUCAGUUUGCUUUAGAGCGUGGUGUGCCUGCCAUGGUAGCAACAUUUGCUACACAUCGUCUGCUGUAUCCAAGCCAGGCUUUUGACUUCAUACAUUGUUUAGGAUGUGGAGUUAAUUGGACCCCUGAUGAUGGAAUGCUGCUGCUUGAGGCCAACAGGAUGCUAAGGGCUGGAGGAUACUUUAUAUGGGCAGCAGAGCCUGUUUAUAAACAUGAAAAGAACCUACGAGAACAAUGGGCAGAAAUGGCGGACCUGACCACUCGCAUUUGUUGGGAACUAGUAAAGAAGGAGGGAUAUAUUGCUAUAUGGCGAAAACCUUUGAACAACAGCUGCUAUCUUAAUCGUGAUAGUGGGGUGCAACCUCCUGUAUGUGAUUCUAAUGAUGAUCCAGACAAGGUUUGGAAUGUUGGUCUGAAGGCUUGCAUCACUCAAUUACCGGAGAAUGGAUAUGGAGGCAAUGUAACUAUAUGGCCUGUACGCCUCCAUUAUCCACCAGACAGGCUCCAGAGCAUAGAGAUGGAUGCCUACAAAUCUAGAAAGGAAAUCUUCAAGGCAGAGUCAAAGUUUUGGAAUGAGAUAAUAGAUGGUUAUGUUCGUGCUUUCCGCUGGAAAGGGUUUAAACUAAGAAAUGUGAUGGACAUGAGAGCUGGAUAUGGAGGGUUUGCAGCAGCAUUGCAUGAUUUACAGAUUGAUUGCUGGGUUAUGAAUGUUGUUCCUGUUAGUGGGUACAAUACCUUGCCUGUUAUAUAUGAUCGUGGACUUAUAGGAGUUAUGCAUGACUGGUGCGAGCCAUUUGACACUUACCCUAGAACAUAUGACCUGUUGCAUGCAAAUAGUCUCUUCUCUCUUGAGAAAAAGAGGCGCAAAUGUGAUCUCAAAACCAUCAUGCUUGAAAUGGAUCGGAUGCUAAGACCAGAUGGGCGUGUUUAUAUACAGGACACAGUAUCUAUUAUCGAUGAAGUAAAAGAAAUUGCAUCUGCCUUGGGAUGGGUGGCUACACAACGUGAAACUAGCGAGGGGCCCCAUUCAAGCUGGAGGAUCUUAUUAUGUGAUAAACAAGAGAGGAAGAAGAAAAGAAAAAAGAAAAAGGAAAAAGCAAAUAAACUAGGGGACGGUGGCAUCUAAAGCCAGGUAGAAGCAGGGCUGGUUGGACAAGAAACUGUCCAAUUAAGUGGGCGCCGUCUUCUGCAAGCUCUCUUGAUAACCAGCCAGGCAGCCACCUUGUUGGUUGAACGCUAUUAAAUUUCAUUUCACCUCUUUUUGAUAGUCCCAUUUUGUCUUGUACAAAUGUGUCCACAUCCCAACACUCUUACUUUGUUACAUAUGCGAUUAAGAAAUACUUGCAUGUAACGGUUUCAGUAAAGACUUUUUGAAUGCAAAA